AUUUUGCCACUGAACGAGCUGUUGCGAUUGAUGCAGUUUUACAUGCUAUUAAAAUUUGUCAAAAAGUUCUUAACAACCUUCUAACAAAUGAUACUGUUAUUAAAAAAGAUAAAUCACCUACAACAAAAGAGAACUCGAAAAAAUUACAAGGGGAUAGUGAAGAAAAAAUAGAAUUGAGAGAUAAAAUUUUAACAUUGGCUAACUCCGUGUUAGAUACUUCUUUGAAUGAAAAAGAAGGAACUUACACUGGUGGCCCACAUGGAAGAAUGUGGACUAUUGAUCCGGUAGAUGGAACCAGGGGUUUUAUUCGCGGAGGUUAUUAUGCAGUGGGAAUAUCAUUGAUUAUCGAUGGUGAUGUUCAUCUCAGUGUUAUAGGAUGCCCAAAUUUUCCGGUAGAUUUUAAAGCGCCAGAAAGUGAAAAAGGAUGCAUAUUUAUUGCUGUUAAGGGACAAGGUGCUUUUCAGCGCAAGUUCUCCUCAAUUAAAGAAACGCAAAUCCAUGUGAUUGACAUUAUACAUCCAUCAGAAGCUUUAUUUUGUGAAUCCUUUGAGGCUGAACAUUCCUCACAUGAAGAUAGUGCAAGCAUUGCAUCAUUGCUUAAGAUUACAAAGCCUCCUCUUCGCAUGGAUAGUAUGUGUAAAUAUUGCGCUGUUGCUAGGGGUGACGCUGAUAUUUAUCUGAGACUGCCUCCCGCUAAUUUUGAGAUGCCAAUUUGGGUAUAUAUAAUUAGAAGCAGGGGUACAGUUUCAGAUAUGGAUAAUAAAUCUUUGGAUUUCACUUUAAGUAGAAAAUUGAAAGCUAACAGGGGUAUUGUGGUUGCGAGUUCUAAACUACAUGAACAAAUAGUUUGCGCAAAGCAGCACAAGAAGGAAUGA